AUGUGGAACUUUUCUAACGGAGAGCCCAUCAUCUCCUCGUCUCCGUGGAGAUGUGAUGGCUUUGCCUGGAAUAUGCAGUGUGGCUGUGCGCCCCCUGUAGGACACUUACCGUCACCGUUUUGGAGUCGAGCCGUCUUGUUUCCAGACUGGGCGUACAAACCCUGGUGGUCUCCCGGUUCGCGGCAGGUGCAGCUGUGGCACUUCCUGCUCGAGCUUUUGGGGCGGGGUGAGGGCGGGGCCAUCGGCUGGAGUGACCAAUGGGGAGAGUUCGUGAUCCGAGACCCCGAGCGAUUGGCCCAGCUGUGGGGAGAGAGGAAGGGCAAACCUCACAUGAACUACGACAAACUCAGCCGAGCACUCAGAUAUUACUACAACAAGCGCAUUCUGCACAAAACCAAAGGCAAACGCUUCACCUACAAAUUCAACUUCAGCAAACUGGUCCUGGUCAACUACCCCACUGUCCCCCACAUAAAGAGCAGUGGG